AAGGCAAAACAGCACUAAGGAACAAUAUUCUUCUUAUAUGUUACUUGAUAGAUAAGCAACAUACAUACCUUGAUUGCGGUACCAUGUUUUGCUCUGCAGAAACAAGUUAGUGCUUAUAAUUUGAACUAAAAAACUGUAUCUCCGCCUUUUUCUUGUUGUUAAUGAUCAGAUAUUUUCAAGUAAAUAUAUCAGUAGCAGGAACUAUCUCAAAAGGCCUUCAAAAAAAUUCAAAUACAACAAGUUUAGUAAUGGCAAGAUCUAAUUCUCAAACCAUCGUAAAUUUGCCGGGAUCUUCCUCUUUGCUUUGAAUAGUUUGAUAAGUACUAUCCGCUGCUGGAGGACGAUUUAAGUCAAAGUUGAAGUACGGUCUGAUGAAUAGAACCAAUACUAUAUCAGUGACUAAAUCUAACCGGCCUUAGAGAACCGGACCCACAUAUGUGGCAAAAUAUGUGGAUGCCUUGCUAAAUUCCUCCUCCUCUCGAGCAUUUGCUGGUUUCUUUCUCGACAAAAGAACUGAAAGUGUUGAAGAAAAAGAAGUUUCAUUUCGAGGCACGUAGUUACCUGCGCGCGAGAAAUGGUUAAAGGGAAGGGUUUCAUGAAUAGACUUUUUGGUAACUACUCUUUUUUAUCAAUCGAUCCACUAGCCUCUUCGCGAACUUGCACAAUUAUGCAACAAAGAUUUACAUUCGCUUUUAGUGUCCGUGUGCACACCCUCGGCUCAACUUUCGCCCCAGGUUUAAUAGACAUUUUUGUCAUCGCUGUCUUUGUUCAAAUGACUGUUACAUGGGAGGACAAGUCAAGAUGGAAAACCACUUUUAUUAGCAUAAAAAAGGAGAAACAAAACAAAAAGAGCAAGCCCCGACAAACAACUUUAUUAGGAGUAUGCAUCUGGAUGGAUCAUACAAUGAAUUAAAAUCAUAAAAGGGACAAUGGUUGGUUGAAGUUUCAAACAUGAUAGACUGAUAGUCAAUCCAAACCAACAAAGUCAUAACACUAUUCUGAAUAGAAAAAUACAAAAAAGUUUCCAUUGAAAUUUCUAUUUAUGUUGUCUAAGAUAAGUUGUUGGUGUCAAGUGUUAAAAAGAUGACAAGUCUAACUACUCCAUCAUGGAAUGGACCCAAGAAAACAUCAAUCAUAUUCAAAUGCACUCACAUUAAAUUUAAAAUUGAAGUUAGUACUGCACAUGGUAUAUGAUUUAGUAAUAGGCUGUGACAAAUGACUUGGGGAACAAGGCUUCACCUGCAUCUGGCACGUGUUCACCUUUGACUAUUUAUAUAGGACACAGAAAAAUCAAAGACUAGAGCACAGAAUACUUAUCUCUCGUGUGUGUGUGACAGUAACAGCUAGUCAUGUACAUGCAUUCAUAAAACAAUACUUGAUUCUGUAUUAUUAUUACUUUAUCAUAAAAUAAUACAAAAAGAGGAGUUGGCGGCUAUAAUCCUCCUUCCUAGUAGCUUCCUUAAUACAUAGAAAGAAUCAUUUAUGAAUUCUAUAUAACAAAGGGUUGACCCCAAAUCAUCCAACAAUAAUGCUACUUCCUCUUCACUUGUCACAUAGCAUCUUUUCCUAGAUUUGUCCACCCUUAUAUUCACUAGAGUCUAUACUAUUUUCACUCUAAUUGAUUCUUCUUCUAUCUAUUCUAGAUAUGAUUAUGGUAUUAUCUUAAACAGAAGCAGCUAUUUAGUUUUCUGAAUCUUGCUUUCUUGCUAGCAUCAAUUAUCGAUAAUAUCUUUUCAUGUUUCUGUUCUUGUUUUGUCUUUGGUUUUGUUGAUUCAUCCAAGUUUUCCUAGUCAUAAACAAUCUUCCAAAAUAUCCUUUACAAAAGUCUAAACUUUUCAGUUUGGUUUUGGUAAUAGUCUUGCUUCAACAUGCUUUCUUCAAACACCUUUUUGCCAGAUUUUUAUGUUCCUGACACGGUAAACCAAGUAACAAAUGGUUUUGAGUUGGAAGGUUCGACAUCUUCACCUUCAUCUUUCACAAGCUCAAAUGAAGAAUCCACAGAAGGGACAAGAUAUUCCAAUAACUUUCUGAGAUACAUAAAUGACAUCCUCAUGGACGAAGAAGAUGAAUUAGAGCGCCAACCCUGCAUGUUGCAGGAAUGUCUAAGACUCCAAGCUGCUGAAAAAUCAUUCUACGAUGUUCUGGGCCAGAGCUAUCCUAAUUCAUCAUGUGAUGAUACCACUGACCCUGAUGGAAGUUUCGGUCCCGCCGCUAGUUUUGACAGCAAUAGCAGCAGCUGCACCACUGAUAACUCGUAUGAAUAUGAUUGGGUCAAUCUUGUUGGAGAAAUCAACUCUUCUUCAUUACCACUACAAACCCCUUUAGUAGAACAAAACUACUAUGAGGUGACAGAACUUGAUCCAGUAGUUAUUGAGUCACAAGCUGCUAAGUAUUUUCACAAUGGAACUAGGAGUUGGAAUGAUAUUCAACCAGUGAUGGUUGCAGAGGUUUCAGCUUCAUUGGUACCAAGACAAAAGAGAAGUCAUAUGACAGAUAAUAAUGGUGAUACUUGUAAUGAAGAAGAGGGAAGAGGUAGCAAGGUUUCGGCUAUCUUCUCUGAUGAAUUAGAGGCACCAGAGAUUUUAGAUGAGGUGCUGCUUUGUCAGAUAGGAAGGACUCAAAACCAACAAGCAUCACAGACUGUUGAUUCAGGAGGAAAGGCUACGUCAACUACUUUGCGUUCAAAGAAAGUAUCUAGAAAUAACAAUGCCGCAGCUGUGGAUUUGUGGACCAUGCUAACUCAAUGUGCACAGGCUGUGGCGAGCUACGAUCAGAAGAAUACAAAUGAGCUACUUAAGCAGAUUAGGCAACAUUCUUCGCCAUUUGGGGAUGGGCUCCAGCGCUUAGCGCAUUACUUUGCUAAUGGUCUUGAGAUCAGAUUGGCUGCUGGGACGCCAUCAUAUAAGGCGCUUGAUGUGGCAACUGCUGGAGAUAUGUUGAAAGCUUACAAACUAUUUGUUACCUCGUCUCCUUUGCAGAGAAUGACAAAUUUGUUAUUAACCAAAACGAUUCUCAGUGUAGUGAAGAACGAGAGCAGCGUUCAUAUUAUCGAUUUUGGAAUUUGCUAUGGUUUCCAGUGGCCAUGCCUUAUCAAAACACUUUCAUCACGACAUGGAGGUCCUCCAAAGCUUCGCAUUACGGGAAUUGAACUUCCUCAGCCAGGAUUUAGGCCUGCAGAGAGGGUGGAGGAAACCGGACGGCGGUUAGAAAACUUCUGCAAGAAGUUCAAUGUCCCGUUUGAAUAUAACUGCAUUGCACAGAAAUGGGAAACUAUACGGCUCGAGGAUCUAAAGAUAGACAGGAAUGAAAUAACUCUUGUUAGCUGUUUGUACAGACUGAAAAACCUUCCUGAUGAAACUGUGGCAGUGAAUUGUCCAAGAGAAGCUGUGUUGAAGUUGAUCAAAAAGAUUAAUCCAAAAAUCUUCUUCCAUGGAGUUGUCAAUGGAAGUUACAGCGCACCGUUUUUCCUGACUCGGUUUAAGGAAGCACUCUACCACUUCUCAUCGUUGUUUGAUAUGUUUGAGGCUAACGUGCCUCGCGAAGACACGCAAAGGUUGACGCUUGAAAAGGGGUUGUUUGGAAGGGACGCUAUAAAUGUAAUAGCUUGUGAGGGUGCAGCGAGAGUUGAAAGGCCUGAGACCUACAAGCAGUGGCAAAUCAGGAACAGGAGAGCAGGGCUCAAGCAAAUCAGGUUGGAUUCUAAGUUAGUGAAUGAAACCAAAGCAAUGUUGAAGAGGGAAUACCAUAAAGAUUUUGUAGUUGAUGAGGAUGGUAAGUGGGUUUUGCAGGGAUGGAAAGGGCGUAUUUUGAAUGCUUUUUCUGCUUGGGUUCCUGCUUAACUUAAUGUCCAAAAGGUGUCUUGUAGUAUCAUAUGUUGAAAAAAAUGUAAUGAACUUCUCGUUUUCUA